GCUCGAGUGGAAGCACGACCUAGUACUAGUGCUGCUGCUCUUACAAAUCAAAUACAGUCCACUACAAACCUAGAACCAACUACUAUUACUACUUUGACCCUCCAAGAUAAGCAAAUUUGUGAGCGACAAUCUGGAGGAACACUACUCUUCACAGCAAUAGUACAAAUUGAAACCAAAGGACAACUUUACGAUGAUAGGCAACACCUUCGAACCUCAUCAAAAGACCUUACUUCAGAGGAAAUCCGAGAUGUAAAACGAUCUUGCAUAAUUCGUACCCAGAAAAUCGUAUAUGCAGACGAAUACAACACACUUAUGAAAAAGACUCAAAUUUCUCCCUCAAGUCCUCUCUUGACACUCAACCCGUUUAUAGACUCAAAGGGUAUUAUUAGAGCAAAUGGCCGAUUGGUACAAUCGCCAGCCCUUACCUAUAGCGAACGUCACCCAAUAAUAUUACCACAUGGCGCAAAACUUAGCAAAUUAUUAGUCGAAUUCACUCAUAAGGUUACUUUACACGGGGGCAAUCAAUUAAUGACCCGAGUAUUAAGGUCCGAAUUCUGGAUAUUUGGACUCAAGUCGCUUAUCAAACAAACCAUACGAAAAUGUCGAAUCUGCUUAAUUCACAAAAAACAAACCCAAACUCAAAUAAUGGCUUCGCUACCACCCGAACGCACCUUUCUUUCCCUUUACAAACACAGGGUAGAUUUUGCAGGACCCUUUAACAUUAAAAGUUAUUCAGGAGGAGCCUGCUUUAUUACAAAAGGCUACGUGUGCCUGUUUGUUUGUUUCGCCACUAAGGCUAUACAUUUAGAACCCACAAGCGAUUUGUCGACAUAUGCGUUUCUUGCCGCUUUUUCUAGGUUUAUUAGUCGGCGAGGUCGUCCGUCUUGUAUAUUUUCGGACAACGGAACUAAUUUUGUGGGAGCGGUUGAUCUAUUAAAGCGAGAUAGAUUAGCUUUCAUGAAAAGUAUUCAAAAUAGCACAAUUCAAAAUAAUUUCACUCAAAAUCUUACUUGGAAAUUUAUUCCUCCUGGUGCUCCGCACAUGGGCGGCUUGUGGGAAGCUGGCGUCAAAUCAUUUAAAAUUCAUUUGCGAAAAAGUAUACCAAAAAUGAAUUUUACCUUUGAAGAAUUUACAACAAUUUUAUCAAGAAUUGAAGGCUGUCUCAACUCACGACCCUUAAGUCCUGCUAGCGACGACCCAAACGACCUUUCCCCUUUGACACCUGGGUCUGCAGUCGCGGAGCUACAAAGGGGAGCGAUUCACAACCUUCACCGUUUCGCCCCGCCGCACGAACAGUACUUGGAGUCUGAAGGUAAAUGCGGUAAUUAUCGAAGAUCUCCCAAGACGCAUUUACUCGGACCCAAUGCUAGAAGACCCCACGAGAUGCUUUACAAAUUACGCCCUUGCUGACCCUGAUCCCCGUGGAAAUAGUCCAAUCGAUGUGGAACUGGGAGCGGACACGUACUCCGCCAUAAGGAAAGAUGGGUGUACAGCAGCUGGAAUUGGAGAUGUCCUGGCCUACAACACACAACUGGGCUACGUGUUUGCUGGGCCGAUCAAGAACAUGCCGAGGAACUGAAAACCGAGGAUCCUUAUGUGAACAUUUUACAGACAUCAAAAAUCAUCAACAUUACAAAAAAGAACACUGUGAAAUUGUUAACAUUAACUAAGACUUUUUACAACAAACAACAAAAAGGUGAAAAAUUGUACAGAAAACACAUCAAUCUAAAUAUGAAAACUUAAAUACAGAUUUAAAAACUUAUUAUCAAAUGUAUUAAAAUAUAAAGUACAAUAAAAAUUAAAUAUCUAAAACUUAAAACUUAUUAUAAUAAUUCUAAAUUGCACAAACCCCCAAAAAUGUUAUUAAGAAAAUAGAUAAAUAAAAGAUGGUGAAUU